CACCAACUAGUCAUGGCGACGAGUAAAAAGUCGAUGAAAAAACCAGUAGAACGACAGCCGGCAGAACGUGUACAUCCAAGCAUGGAACCCAUAGUUCGGGAUGGAAAAAUCCGGGAGCAGAUAGAACUGGAGAACAAAGUCCGCCGGGAAUACCAGAAAAAAUGGGGCUUCAUGAUCGAACCAAAGACCACUGAACAUUUGAACCUGAAACGCAACAACCAACGACUGAAGGAGCUGUAUCAAUCCCAAGGUCAGAAGAUCAAUAUGCACGAGUACAACGGUCACGGAGAAUCGUACUUCGUAUCGAAGCAAAUGUUCAAGCACCUGCUGGACACAUGCCGGUGCGGAAGGAAAAAGGUAACGAAUAUGCAUGCUUUGAAGUGUCUCGAGAAACCAAAAAGCACCUACGAAAAGACCGACGACGAGGACGAGGAAGAUGAGCAUGAGACAGAACAGAAGAAUGUUAACAACGACAAAAUUGGCAGCUAUAUUCCGGAGGUGCCGACGUUGAGUUCAGGGAUGUACGGCUGGCCGAAGAACCGGUUUGUUGCCAUGGAAAGAACAACGUAUUACAUCUCGCCACGUUACACCAUGCCCGGAAAUCGCAUAGUCGACUGUCAACCGUACAGUAAUAUAAUUCUCGGCUAA